UCUGAGCUCCGCGGCGGAGAAGCAGCAGCAGCAGCAGCCCCCUCCCCUCCCCGAUCGCCCGGCCAUCUUGGUGCGGGAGAGAGAGAGAGAGAGAGAGAGACCCACUCAGACUGCCCCCAAUAACCAGGAUGGCUGCUGGGAAAAUAACGGGGCGCGUUUGACCUCCCUCCUCCUCCUCUUUGCAGACCCCCGCGCUCCCCCCCCAGCCCAGGAUGGCCCUUCUGGCCGGCUUCUGCUACCGCUUCCUCCUCCCUCUCCUCUCGCUCGUGCCAAGCAGCAUCAUGGCCAUGGAGGUGAUGGCCCCAACCCCCAUUUAUGCUCUCAAUGGCACCUCCAUCCGCCUCACCUGCACUUUCAACUCCUGCUACCAGGUGGAGAAGAAGCAGUUUUCCCUCAACUGGACUUACCAGAGAUGCAACAACUGCUCAGAAGAGAUGUUCCUGCAGUUUAAACUGAAGGUUGUUCCCAUAGAGCUGAACCGCUUUGGGGACCGCAUCGAGUUCACUGGGAACCCCACCAAAAACGACGUCUCCUUCACCCUUCACGAUGUCCAGCUGGAGGAUGAGGGGACUUACCAUUGCUACGUGAUGAACCCCCCAGACCGCCACAAGGGCCACGGCAAGAUCCAGCUCAAGGUCAUCACAGAAGAGCCCCCCGAGCGAGACUCCACCGUGGCAGUGAUUGUGGGGGCCACGGUGGGUGGGUUCCUGGCCGUGGUCAUCCUGGCGCUGGUCGUGGUCAAGUGCAUCAGGCGGAAGAAGCAGCAGAGGCUGAACACAGAUGACCAGAAGACAGAAGAGGAGGGCAAGACGGACGGGGAGGGCAACCCAGAAGAGGGCACGAAGUAGACCUCUUGGAGGGUAGGGUUCCCUGCCAGGCUGGCCUUCUGCCCUUGCCCACCCUGCCCUGCCCUCGCCCCAUGUGCUUUUCGUACAGCAAGAAUCCCCUCCACAGGGCUCCCCUCUGUGGCUCCCCAUCCCACUGGACAUUGGCAGACCUCCCAGGAUGGUGCUUCAGAAUGGAGAGGCUUGGCAUAUGGGGGGGGCUUUUCUGUUUCUGGGGAGCACACUCUGUCUGCUAGGCCUGGGUUGCCAGCUGGAGGGACAUCCCCAGGCCUAGGCCCAGGAGGUCCCCUUGACUCAGAAAUGGGCAGGAUAGGUCCUGGCCUGGGGGCUGCAAAGGCCUGCUCUUGAGCCCGCAACAGGGAGGCCCCCACCCCACCAAACUGCCUUGUCCCCCUUCCCUCCCGCGGUGGGUCCAGAGCCUGAGGGGGAGCCUACUGAUCUGUCUCCUCAAGAAAGGCAGACAAAAUGGUAGAAGGCAAGCGGCUGGGGAGGCAUGCUUCCCUGUGGGGUGGGGGUAGGGGGCAGGGGAGGACCCCACAUUCCGAAGAAGAUGGGGGGCUUCCCAGGUGGGCCUCCCUUUCUGCCACUUCUCUUCCCCCAACAGAAGCACAACCCACCACUGCCAAGAAAACUCACUGCCAGGGGGUGGGCAGAAGCCCCACUUCCUCCGCCUGCCCCCUCCCCGCCUGCUACGGGGCAAGGCCUUUGCAAGCUCGCCCUGGGGUUUGGGGAGGGGACUAUGGCUCCCUCCCUCGGCAUCCCUGGGGUUUGGGGAGGGGGUCUUUUAUUUGCAGCACCAGAGGGAGAAGGGGGAAGGUCUUUCGCUUGCUUUGCAAGGAUCACUCCGCUGGCUCUGCUCCCCUCUGCAUUUUGCCAUGGGCCUGCUCCCUGCUUGAGUUUUGGCAUGGCGGGGGGGGGGAGGCUUCUCCGUUAUGACCCUCUUCAUCGCCUGCCCCCCCCUCCCCGCUUUCAAAGUCACUUACUUGGCCAGGUCUGGCAGCCGCUCGGCCAAGGAACCCCUGGGCAGCCAUUUUGGCCUCCUGCGCUGGGCUCAAGGGCCGCCAGCCUCCUCAGAGCCCUUGCCCUCACGCCACCUCCCUUCUGCCUUGGCUGCUGGACCUCCAGCUUGGCCCCUCCGCAGCAGCCCUGGCGCCCCCCGACUCUUCGCCCCACGGCUCCCCUCUUGCUGCAGAGCAGUCCAACCCUGGCUGGCCGGUGGCCCCUCAGCCCCGCUUUUGGGGGGGGGGUCUGAGAUCAGGGCCAUGGCUUGUGCCCCCCUCCUCUGGCUCGCCCCCUCCUCUCCCCCUCCAUGGAUGACCCCUUUGCCCCCGGCCGCUCGAUGCCCCGGUGCCAACUUUCUGCCCGCCUCUGCCGCCCACCUGCCUGCGCUGAAGCCCCCCGACGCUCCUCCGGCGGGACCCUCGCGCCGAUCACCGUCCGCACUGACUGUUUCCCGCUCUGCCACGUUUCGGAAGAACACGCGUUUUCUCAGCUGUCCGUCUGCCUGCCUGGAAGCGAUGCCGAAAUAAAAGGGGCGCGCCUUUCAGGAA